GCCCAUCGCCUUCUGCUCGGUGAGGGGAGAGACUGCGUUGGAGCUUCUCCUUCCGGGGGGAUGCUCAGCCCCGCGGGAAAACGCAGAAAAGGGCUCUUGCCGCUUUAAGUGACUCAGGAAGUGAAAGGAGGCCGCUGACGGCGAGGGGAAAGUGGAACCGGGGCGGCGCGGGCCCGCGGCGGCCGCGAUCUUGCCGGGCAACGGAGGCUGAGCUGCGCGGCGCGGGGGCCGACGGGGCGCGGGCAGCCGAGCCGGAAGUGGCGCGUGAGCGACGAGGCGCAGCGCGGCGCGCAGAGGAGAGGCUGAGUGGGCGCCGGGCCCAGCGCUGUCGGCUGGCGGGCCCCAAGGCCUCAGCUGUCCAGACGGACGCGGCGCGGCGCGGCGGGGCGGGCGGUCAGUCCCCGGGGAGGCGGGCCUGCGUGGGGAGGCCCCGAGGCGUAGGCGGAGGGCUCGUCAGCCGCUAGGCCUCGGCCGCGUCCCUGCAGCCACAUGGCCUCCGGAGUGGGCGCGGCCUGCGAGGAGCUGCCUCCCGACGGCACGUGUGACGAGUGCGAGCCCGACGAGGCGCCCGGGGCGGAGGAGGUGUGCCGCGAUUGCGGCUUCUGCUACUGCCGCCGCCACGCCGACGCGCACCGCCAGAAGUUCCUCAGCCACCGCCUGGCCGAGUACGUCCAUGGCGCCCAGGCCUGGACCCCGCCGGCCCGCGAGGACGACGUGGUCCCCGAAGACGUCGAGGCCAAAGGGGAGCCCGAGGGGGAGGUAGAGAGCGAGGUGGGGGAAGAAGAGAGCGGGUCGGAGGAAGACAGUGGGUCGGAAGAAGAGAGCGAGACGGAGGAGGACAGUGAGGAUGAGAGUGAUGAGGAGAGUGAGGAAGACAGCGAGGAAGAGAUGGAGGAUGAGCAGGAGAGUGAGGCGGAGGACGACAACCAAGAAGGAGAGUCUGAGGCGGAGGGAGAAACUGAGGCAGAAAGCGAAUUUGACCCCGAAAUAGAGAUGGAAGCGGAGAGAGUGGCCAAGAGGAAGUGUCCGGACCAUGGGCUGGAUUUGAGCACCUAUUGCCAGCAAGACAGGCAGCUCAUCUGUGUCCUGUGUCCAGUCAUUGGGGCUCACCGGGGCCACCAGCUGUCCACGCUAGAUGAGGCCUUCGAAGAACUGAGAAGCAAAGAUUCGGGUGGACUGAAGGCAGCUAUGAUAGAGUUGGUGGAAAGGUUAAAGUUCAAGAGCUCGGACCCUAAAGUAACUCGAGACCAGAUGAAGAUAUUUAUACAACAAGAAUUUAAGAAAGUUCAGAAAGUGAUUGCUGAUGAGGAGCAGAAGGCCCUUCAUUUAGUGGACAUCCAAGAAGCCAUGGCCACAGCUCAUGUGACUGAGAUACUGGCGGAUAUCCAAUCUCACAUGGAUAGGUUGAUGACUCAGAUGGCCCAGGCCAAGGAACAACUUGAUACCUCUAAUGAAUCAGCUGAGCCAAAGGCAGAGGGUGAUGAAGAAGGACCUAGUGGUGCCAGUGAAGAAGAGGACACAUGAAGACUUAACAUUCCCCGUGGAAAACACCCUUCCCUGUGUGUGUGUGACAGCGUGUAUGUAAUGGCUUCUGAUAUCUGUGAAAGCUGCCUGGCAACAAACUUCUUCCACUGGAUAUGUCCCCAGGUCCACAGCAGGCACACAUGUCUCCAAGGGACAACAAGUUUUAUGCAUACUGACUGUGCAUCUUGUUCUCAUGUGGUAGGUCACAGGAAGAGCCCCUUUGAUCAGCUUGGAGGUUCUUCAGGCAACUCCCCCAAAGGCCGCUUGGAACUGACUUACUCAGGAAAGCCAGCCCCUGGAAUAUUGUGCAAGUCAACAAUAUCACUUCAGUCCUUAGGAAGGUUCUAGAUUAUCUUGAAAGGAAAUCAGUUUUUUCCUUACCUGCAAACAGAAAACUCACUUUGCUCUUACAGAAGCUUAAAGCAAAUGUGGCCAAGUAGGACUACACUGACUCAUUAGAUAGUCUCAUAGUUCAGCUCUGCCUUUGUGAAAGACAUUAGGGCAGCUGGGUGGAAAAUGGGCUUGAAGGAAGAGUCCAGAGCUAGAAAGAAGAUAUUUUUAGUAUGUGAGGUUAUGUAGGACUUCAGAUUCAUAAUUCAGUGCCGUGGAAAUGAAAAAAGUGAUUGAAGAGGUAGGAAGGAAAUGACUUUAAGGAGUGGGGAGGGGGGGAAGCAAAGAAAUCUGAUUAAAAGUUGAAGUCAGUAUUUCAGAAUUCAGAUUGCCUGAAUUUUCCAAAAUGGUCACUAAAGCAUCUGAUAAAAUCUGGAUUCUUGGGCUAGCUGUGUGGAUUAAUAGGCCUGCCACAACACAGAAGGCUGGCAUGUAUAUUGCCAAGUGGGAAUUGUCAGCUGUAAAAUUUACCAGUUCCACCCCCCAGCCUACAGUGGCUUCGGUGCACCGUGAGGAGAAUCCUUGCCACUCUCUUGCUGGCUGGAUUCAGGUCCAUCUGCCAGCAAACAUUCCCUCUACUUACUAUAAUGGGAAUCCUCCUGUCCCUGCAGCAGCCCUUCACUCCACCUCCCACACCUCUGCUCUCCCCUCCUGUGUAGCAUGAGCAAGCAUGCCCUGGAGCUAUAUUUUCUGGCCUUAUCCCAUUCCUAGAUCAAGUUCCUUACAACCAUGCUUUUCAGAGUUGGGGAAGCAGUGGUGUGCUGGGAGAUACCCAACUGCAAGCUCACAUGUGUGUGCCACAUCUUCUGGAGACAUGAGUUUUUCUUACCAAAUGAUUUGAAGUCGGCGUAACCUUAUUUUUUAAUAGAGCAAGAAGUUAUGUUAGAGAAGAGGGUGUUCAUGCACUUAAACUGUUAAGAUAAAAUAGGAGACUUGGAAGGUAACUCUUGUUUGCAAGUGGGCAGUGUAUUCCUUCUCCUGCUUGUGUGAUAUUUCCAUGUUCACAAUGAGAUUCUGUCUGAACUGUAUCCAAGCAGCCUUGGGUUGCUAUUGACCAAGGUCUAGACUUCCAGUAUCUCUGAGGCAGAUCCAAGGAGUCUGCCUUGGGGAAAAUCCCCCUUUGCCUGCCUGCCUGCUUGCCUAUAACCUGUGUACUUAGCACGAAGCUCUAAGAGCAGCUAAUGUGUGUACAGGAUAGUUCUGAGGCAGAAACAACAUGUGCUUACUGUAGGAAACCUAGUUAUAUCAUUGUUCAAUCCUGUGCAUGCUAUAAAAUGAUUAUUCCUUUGAGGUCAGGAACCUGCCAAGCCUAGAUGCUCUAGGUUAGGAUUACCCUAGCUCACUACACAUACAAGGAUAUCAGAGCGGAGAGGAGUUAAGAUAUCUAUAUUCCCACACUGGUGGCUAGUAGAUAGAUGGCUUAGACAGGUUUGAUGCUUUGCCAUCUUUCUGCAAAGACUGGAGAAUCUGAGGUAACAACCUCCAAUGAUACCCUGUUUUUUUAAAAAAUUCUAAAAGAAGAACCAAACCCACUCUAGAAGGAAUGCAGAAAAUCAGAAGAUUAAAAAGCCUUCAGAAUUUGGAAACUUGUGUUGUCUUUCCCCAGUAAUCAUUGUUUGAUCUUUACAUGUUGACCUUGUAUUACCAAUGGGCAGAUCAUUUGGCUUUCCAUACCUAAUCAUGCUAUUACUUUAUAUCAGUAUUUGGGGAAUCCAAACUUUUAUGUAGUGGCUAUAAACAGAAAUAUAAAAAUAUUUGUCAACCUGUCUCUAUAGAUUAUCAUCUGUCUGGGAUCCUCAAGGAAAGCAUUUCCCUUUACUUAGAAAGGGUUUGGAUUUGCUUUAUGGGCUCCUGCAGUCUCCAGCACCUGAUAAAACUUUAACCAAGAAAGCAUUAAACACAGGAGAGCAGUUCUGCAGAUCCCUCAGGUCCUGUGGCAACACUUACCAGUGUGAGAACUAGGGUGCUUUCUGCAGUGGUGCCAGCUUCUUCCUCAGAGCUCGGGCUGCUGCUUGGCCUUGGGCCCCAUCACCAGGAAGCUUCUUGCCUUCCAGGUCAUUGUGAGUUAGAGUUGUAUGUGUCCUGACUGACUGUGGACAGCAGGGGGAAAUCGGGAACACAGGUAAAGAAUGUCUCCAGAAAUGAGUCGGGUACCCACGGCAAGUCUCGGCAGCCUUCUGAAUGUUGAGUUUCUGAGGGAUUUGUUCUUUGAUUUGAUACCACUAUAUUCAGGACAGUUCCAAGAAGUGUUUGACUUCUAGCUCUGACAGCCAGGAAAAGGAAGUAACCUGAGGACAGUCUAGGAGCCAGGCCCUCUGUAGAUGUGCCCAAGAACAAGUAGACACUUGUCUGUAGUUGCUAGGAAACACUGGAAGCAGUUGUGAACACAGUUCUCCUGCUCUGCAAUCAGCCUUCUGCCCUAUACCAUGACUCACCUACAGAUUCAGAGAGAGAAAAGGCCUUCAGUUCCCCCAGUACAGUAUGCCCAUUCACAUUAUAAACUAUUUUUCAAAGACAUCAAGAUGGCCGUAUUCCUCUGCUUUAGUGGAUGUUGUUAAGUACUCAUUGUUAACUUGAACUUCCUUCCAGAAGCUGGGGACCUUUUCUUUUCAGUGCCAUCGCCACAAAAGAAAAAAAGGGGUAUUUGACCUUCAAGAGUGUAAACUUUUCAGACAUAGUCAAGGUUACAGUAGACUCAAUAUCUCCUGCUUCAUUACUAUAGAAAAACAAAUCUUUAUAUUUUAGUAAAUCCAGUUACCAUUUUCUGUGCUCUGUUAAAAGGUGCCAAUUCAAAUCACUGACUCUGGACUCCCUUCCUGGUGUGUGUGUGUGUGUGUAAAUGAGACUGAGAUUUAUACACACAUGUGCAUACUAUACAUUUAAUUAUUUAAGAGUUAGAGUCACUUCUUCUAACUCCAUACAAUGUCAACAGAUAAUUGGAGUGUGGGUUCCAGAAUAGUUCCUAGUGGUAGGUACCAACUUUUAAAGCACUGAGCCAAGGUGACAGCCAGGAAGGAAAUUGCACCAAUUACACCCCAACCCCCUUCCACCAUGUCUAAUAACAUGGGGAAUUUUGGUGACUUGGAUCAUUUUGGACAUUCCAUUUGGGACUGAGUAUACAGCUGCAGAAUUUAUAACCUUGUAGUAGUCAGAGUUCUAGGAAGUCCUAUCUCCCCACAGAGAAAAUGUCCUGCUGAUUCCUUAACAUUCUGCUUUCAUGUAAUAGCAUUUAGUACAUGCUUUUCAGUAAAUUGGUUGCAUAUUUACUGGGGGUUGAGCACAUCUAGAUUUUUGUUUUCUAAAGACAAAAAUCCCAAUCUAAAUCAAGUCCAGCCCUGCCCUAAGGGAACAGGCCCACAGGGAGACCGUAGAUCUCACUGACCCUGCCUUCACCCAGCAGUGUUUCUGAGGCCCACACCCCAAGGAAUUCCAGGAACUGCAGGAGCUAGGUAUUCCCCAGGAAAACAGGAGCUCAUUUGGAUCACUUAGCCUUACAUGACCAUGUGAGGCUGAGAACAUAUCAGAAACACCAGGACAAAGGCCAGAUCAGGAAAGUCAAAAUAAAUGAAGAUAUUGGAGGUGCACUGGUGGAGAAACAGCCAGAGUCCAUGCUGGGCUUGAUGUGACCUUGAGGGACCACUGAUGUAUACUUUAUGGAAGUUAAACCUGACCAGCCUUUUACAGUGACAGGCCACACGCGUGAGUGGGUAGAACCAACGGAUCCAUUGUCUUCUGCCUGUUUUCGUGUACACAGUCACAUUCCCUCCUUAGCCGUCUACCCUUUCCACCCUUUAUACUAAACAGGGGAACACUCAAUCUUUCAAAGGAAUUACAUAUCUGAGUUAAUGUUUCAGUAUAUCAUUUUCAUACUGUAAAUUAUUUUGUAAGAGAGAUUUACUGCUAUCCCAGGAUGUUCGGACUUGGCGCCCCUGUGCAUUUGGAAAUCAAUAAACUAUUACUGGAAAUAUCA